UAUCUGCACACAGACCAGACUUAAAAGCAGUCAGUUUGUUUUACUCUUUAGACUAGCAGAACCCGUUUUGUUCCACUCUUUAGACUAGCAGAACCCAUUUUGUUCCACUCUUUAGACUAGCAGAACCCAUUUUGUUCCACUCUUUAGACUAGCAGAACCCAUUUGUUCCACUCUUUAGACUAGCCCAGGUAGUCCUGCAGUAAUGGAGCCUGGGUCAACCGUGAGUGCAGUGAGGAGUAGCAGGGUUCUGUGUGGCACAGAGAUACGGCCUGCUCUGAUUGUCAUCAAGGAGGGAAAGAUACACAAAAUCCUCCCAGACUCCAGUGGUUCUACUGGGUAUACUGCUGCUGGCUGUGAGGUGUUGGAUGUGGGAGACCAUCUGGUGAUGCCUGGUAUCGUGGACUGUCACGUCCAUGUGAAUGAACCGGGUCGCACCACCUGGGAGGGAUUCUGGACCGCCACGAGGGCUGCUGCUGCAGGAGGGGUCACUACCAUAGUGGACAUGCCCCUCAACAGCAUCCCGCCAACCACCACCCUGGAUAACUUCCAUGAGAAGAUGGCAGCAGCGUCGGGAAAGUGUUUUGUAGACACUGCCUUCUGGGGAGGGGUCGUCCCUGGCAACCAGCUGGAGCUGCUCCCCAUGAUCCGGGCUGGGGUGGCUGGUUUUAAAUGUUUCCUGAUCCACAGUGGAGUUGAGGAGUUCCCUCAUGUGACUGACGAGGAUCUGCACAUCGCCAUGAAACAGCUACAGGGCACAGGGAGCGUUCUCCUGUUUCAUGCUGAGAGGGAUGUCCCCCUGCCAUUAGAGAAAGAAGAGAGGGAUGUCCCCCUGCAAUCAGAGGAAGCAGACCCCAAGGAGUACUCCACUUUCCUCAAGUCCAGACCAGAUGUUAUGGAGCUGGAGGCCAUUCGAACUGUCACUGAGCUCUGCCUGAAAUACCAGGUGCAUUGCCACAUAGUGCACUUGUCCUCUGCCCAGCCCCUGGCUCUGAUCCAGGCUGCGAAGCAGGCCGGAGCCCCUCUGACGGUGGAGACCACCCAUCACUACCUCAGCCUGUCUGCUGAACACAUCCCUGCUGGGGCCACACAGUUCAAAUGCUGUCCUCCCAUCAGAGGGGUAGCUAACCAGGAGCAGCUAUGGUCUGCCCUGAAGGCUGGUCAGAUUGACAUGGUUGUGUCAGAUCACUCCCCCUGCACACCAGACCUGAAGAGAUUGGACAGUGGGGAUUUCACUCAGGCCUGGGGAGGGAUCUCCUCCUUACAGUUCGGUCUGUCUCUGUUCUGGACGUCAGCCAGUAAGAAGGGUUUCACUCUUCCAGACGUGGUGAGGCUCCUCUGCCAGCGCACUGCACAACUCUGUCGCCUUGACAACCAGAAGGGGAGCCUUGUUCCCGGUCACGAUGCAGACCUGGUCAUAUGGGACCCAGAGAAGGAGUUUGAGGUGAAAGACGCAAGUAUACAUCACAAAAAUAAGCUAACUCCCUACCUGGGCCUGACGUUGCUUGGGGAGGUGAGUGUCACCAUCGUCCGAGGCAGAGUGGUGUACAAGCAGGGUUCCUUCUCUCCUACGCCCCUGGGGAAGCAUCUCCUCCUCCCCCAGGGGAAGACCCAGGUCUCCCUGUGUGAUGGAGAGAAGACCGAGGGGACCCAGGCCUCACGGUGAUGGAGAGAAGACCGAGGGGACCCAGGUCUCACGGUGAUGGAGAGAAGACCGAGGGGACCCAGGCCUCAUGGUGACUCCCUGGAAAACAGUGGCAAGACAUGUUACCGAGGGGACAAUCCUGGCUACAUAAAUACAAUUAAAUAAAUGGACCAUGGGGGGGGGGACACAGUUCAGAUGCUUGACUGUUGUUUUAAGAUGUUUUAAUAAACAACGUAAUCUCUUUCAAAAGGA